GAAGAUCCACAUUCACCGUCCAGAGUCACCCUAUAUGAGGGAGAGGGGCGGUUUCUUUUCUUUUUUUUAAAGGACACGUAAAUAAAUACAUUCUGAAGCAGAGUUUCUCACCCUUGCUGCCUGGGAGUUGAAGUCUACACACCCUUAUAUUCAGGAAACUCUGCUCUGAAGCUUUGGCCGGUUGGUGGAUGACACUGUCUUCACAUCAAUGUUCUGCAACAGCGGAAAUGUGAGAAACAACAGCUUAGAGAAAUUUUCUUGCGCAUGCCUUACAAUCGGGCUGUCCCGUGGGGCUUUGAUGCGGACUCCUGGGUGAUGCUGGAAGGCCUCAUUCUGAAGCAAAGCAAAGGAUUUCAUGUGGAAUUUGCUUAUGGGCAGUUCAAUGGGGCCAAUAUCCCUCUGAAAUUCAAACUCCACUUCGAGAGGACACCAGCUUCUUCCAACAGCCCCAUCCUGACUCUCAACAGCUUUGUAAAUCAACAGUGGGGGAAAGAGAUCCGGACAGCAACUCACUUCCAGCCAGGCCAAAAGUUCAAGAUUUCUUUCAUCGUCACCAGCAAAAGUUACAAGAUAAUGGAGAACGACAUUUUGCUUUCUGAAUUUGACCAUCGUCUUUCACCCAAGGCCAUCCGUUUCCUGGGAAUGGAUGGCGACAUCAAGCUGGAGAAAGUAGUCUUCAGCUGGGAGAGGAAAAAUGAAACCAGCAAUCCUAGGUUUGAUGAAGGCUGACUAGAGGAAGAGUCAUGCAAAUCAAAUCAUGCAUUCAGGCUAUUUUAUAAGUUGAUUUUGCAGCCAACAUCGGAGGGCUAUCUGUUGUCAUUCUGAGGUGGCAUCAUAAAUCAUAAGACAGCACAUCUUGGGUGGGUCUAAUGUCUGCUUUUAUUUGGAACGUCAAAAAUAAAUGUUAUUUGGAUUUUCUGGAUCUA